AUGACCGACGUCAAUAGUUACCAACCUCCAAGGGAUCCUUAUGCCCCAUACGCUUCAUCUCUUGACAACUCCCAAUAUCAAUCUUCUUAUCAAUCCUUUGAUCAACCAUCAGUAUCAAAUCCUGCCAAUUCUUCUUCUACUCCUUCUUCUUCUUCUUCUUCUUCUUCAUCCUCGUCAUCGUCUUCACAACUACCAUUGCCAUCGCUAUCUAAAUCAACUCUUGGCAACACCCCAGCUACCGGCUUUCCUUCGAUGAACCAAUCCUCUUAUCCUUAUCCUUCAUCUUAUCCUGGUUCUGCCUCCUCUGGUGAUGCUGCUGCUGCUGCCGCCGCCGCUGCUUCUGCUGCUGCCGCUGCUGCCGCUGCUGCCGCUGCCGAAGCACAAUAUUUCCAGCAAUACUCUGCUCCUCCAAUGUUACCUCCUCCAGUGACAAUGGGCCAUCAAUACCAAGGGUUUUCUCCUUAUGGAUACCCUGGCCAUCCUGAUCCAAGAUACUCUCUUCCUCCAGCCCAUGACAUGCUCAUGCAAUCAGGAAUAGCUCCUCCUCCUCCUCCUCCUCCUCCUCCUCAUAAUCAUCAUCAUCAUGCUCCUCCACCACCAGGAAUGUACGGGACCGCCGCCCAAUUGGGUGCGAUCCCAGUGGUAUCGCCGCCAAUGAUUGGCGAUUCGACCCCAUUACUGCCAGGGGGAGGUGAAAAGAAGAAGAGACCAAGAAGAAAACACGACGAGAUCGAACGUAUCUAUUUGUGUAAUUGGAAAGGAUGCUCCAAAGGUUACGGGACCCUCAACCACUUGAAUGCCCAUGUCAACACCCAGAAUCACGGAGAAAAAAGAAGACCUGAAGAGUUCAAAGAAAUCCGUGCCAAAUUGAGGGAACGUAAAAAGAAGAACCAAGAGUACAACCGUUUGCAACGUCAAAAAAACCUUUCCAGCCCAACUUCUGGCAUUAGUAAUAAUAAUAACAAUAAUAACAAUAACCCACCAGUGGCGUUACCAUCGUUAUACAAUGAUUUCCCUGAAGAAUUCAUCGAGUUCCAAUCGAACGUUAGAAUGUACUCUCAAGGUCCUUCGUCAUCGUCAACAUCGUCGCUUCCUCCACCAUCGGCGUCUAAUAAUAACUAUUCUUCUUUCAGCUAUUCUCAAACUCCUGCCACUACCAUCGCUUCGACCACGGGGUACGAUGAUUGGAAAUCAGGAGCGUCUUCAGAACCUCUGGGAUCACUUAGCCCAACCCAUCAUUCUGAUUCAGAGCACGGUAGUCCACACUCGACUCCAACCCAACAUGCCUCGGUGCCAAGUAUUUACGCUUAUGGUGCCCCUGCUUCUACUUCUUCUUCUUCUUCUACUGGUCCACUUUCCGGAUCGAAUUACUUGAGUUAUGGCAACUAUUCUGGUUCACUUUCAGAGCCAGAUGGGGCAUCUAGUGUCGGUGCUUCUCCAACAUAUCACCAUCGUUGA